CCUGCUGCCAUGUGGGUCUCUAGUCCAAUCGGCUUCUCCUUCUCUACCUGUUUUUCCAAAGAUCCAAAUGAUGGGUUUUUUGUUACUCCCCUUUAUUCCUCAGAGAAUGUUUAGUUUCCUUCUUAGGGAAAGUCCCUACUCCCUCUUUGUUUGGAAGAAAUGAUUCUUUUUCAUCUUAAGUCUUGCAUGUGGGAAUGAAGCUAUGUAGUGCAGCCAAGGAUGACUUGCCGGUUAUAAACUAUAUAAAUAUCGUAUAUUAAAUCAUGAUCAUAUUAACUCCAUAAAAAUACCUUCUAAAAGGUGUUUUCUUUUCUUUUUUUCUAAAAAAAAUUUCUUGUUGAAAAUGUUAGAAAGUAUAUUCAUCGGCAAGUCGUCUCUGGCUAUAUUAUUGCCUCAUUUUCUCAUGCUAGAUUUCUGAUGAUAAUUGCAAUACAGUGUGGUUCCGCUGCUGCUGGUGUGGGUUGUGCAUUCGGAUUUACAUCUAUGCAAUAGACUCCUACUAAAGCAGGUGAAUGGAGUGUCAGGAUCAGUCAAAUUCAGACUAUUCAUGCUCGAAAAAGAUGAACUUCUUAUUUCGCAACCACAACUGCAAUCGCCGAUCACCUGGCGACAAAAAAAAAAAAAAAAAGGGAAAAAAAGUUCAUGUUCUCCAUGUGAUAUGAGAACAAGAAAGAUCAGCACCACAAUUCUCUGCAAUCACAUGCUUCAAAUUCUGUUUCCCCUCAACCCCAACAAGCCACACAUCAAACAGGUAUGUUCUUGCUUCUUCUCCCUUUUCCUCACAAAACACCAUUUCACUUCUUUCAUUGAUCCUUCGUUGUCAUCAUCCUCUAGUCACCAAAUAAAACCAACCCAGAUAGAUUUAUCCUCCAUUGACUGCACUGGCAUAGCAAAAUCCGUUAUUUUGAGGUGUCCCCAUGUCUUCGAUAGAAAAGAAAAGUCUUUUGCUAAUGCUUCUUUGAAGGACUUUCUUUUGGAAUUAUCCAAUGUAGUGCCUGAGACGGCACGCAGGUUCAGAAGGUUUACUGCUUUGAAACCUGGAGAUGUGCUUGAAAUAUUACUGGGGUUUCAGUUUGAUUAUGGAAAGGUUGUCAUUACAGCUAGGAAGGUUGAGGCUUUAUGGGGAAUUUUCAAGUGGGCUAGCAAUCAGGGUCAGGGUUUUAAGCAUCUACCAAGAUCAUUUGAAGUUAUGGCCUCGAUGCUCAUACAAGCAGGGAUGGUUAGAGAAGUGGAAUUAUUGCUUACAGAAAUGGAGAGGCAGGGAACUUUUUUGGAUAAUAAUUGGUUUUUCAGUAAUCUUAUGGAAGCUUGCAUUAGUAUUGUUACAAGGAAGAGAACAGAGUUGGCAUUUCAAGUUUGUUCUUAUAUGGUGGAAAUUGGGGUACAUUUGAGUGAAGAUGAGAGGCGUCCUUUUGAGAAUGCUCUUAUAUUACUUUGUAGGGAAGGAAGGAUUCAUGAAGCCAGACAUCUUCUGAAGAAGGUUAUGGCAUCUGGCUUUGGACCUAGCAGUAUAGUUAUCAAUGAGAUUGCAUGUGGGUAUUGUGAGAAGAAGGAUUUUGAAGAUCUGUUAAAGUUUUUGGUUGAAAUGAAACAGUUACCAGAUGUCAUGGUUGGCAAUAAGAUCAUACAUACUCUAUGUAGCAAUUUUGGCAUAGAGAGAGCAGAUCUAUUUAGGCAGGAAUUGGAGCAUUUUGGCUUCAGGCCUGAUGAAAUAACUUUCGGAAUCUUGAUUGGUUGGAGUUGCCAUGAUGGGAAUUUGCGGGAUGCCUUUAUUUAUCUAUCUGAGGUUUUGUCAAGAGAUUUGAAACCCAAUAUUUUUUCUUAUAAUGCUAUUAUUAGUGCCAUGUUUGAAGAUGGCUUGUGGAAGCAUGUGCAGGACAUUCUUGAUGAAAUGGUGGAGAGAGGAACUGAACAGGAUUUCUUGACUUUUAAAGUUCUUUUAGCUGGGUAUUGUAAAGCAAGAAGAUUUGAUGAGGUCAAAAUGAUAGUUUGCCAGAUGGCUAAUCGUGGUUUAAUUGAACUCUCUUCUCUAGGGGAUCCACUUUCCAGAGCAUUUAUGAUCUUGGGACUUAAUCCAUCAGCUGUGAGGUUGAGAAGGGACAAUGAAGCUGGGUUUUCAAGAGCAGAAUUCUUUGAUAAUCUUGGGAAUGGGCUCUAUUUGGAUACUGACCUGGAUGAGUAUGAUCAAAGAGUAACUGAGAUUCUUAAAGAUUCCAUGAUACCUGAUUUUACUUCUCUUGUAAUGAAGGAAUGUGCUCAUGAAAAUUUUAGAACUGCAUUGGAGAUUGUUGAUAAAAUGGUUUGGUGGGGGCAAGAAUUGCCUCUUUCUGUAUUCUCAGAAUUGGUGAAGGGAACUGCUUCAUCUCGUUCUCAUAUCAAGUUGAGUACCAGUCUUUUGAAGAAAAUGCCUAAGUUGGCUAAUCAGCUUGACCAAGAGACUUGCAAUUUUCUUGUCCAAUCAUACUGCAAUAAGGGAUUGACAUUGAAAGCUGGGAGCAUGUUUUAUGAAAUGCUCCAGAAGGAUCUAACAAUCAAAAGUGAGACUUAUACUGCUUUGAUUAAGGGAUUAUGUAAGAAAGGAACUUUGAAAGACCUUUGUGAUUGCUGGGAUAUUGCUCGAAAUAACAAAUGGUUACCAGCAUUGAAGGACUGUAAAGAUCUUCUGGAGCAUCUUUGCCUUCAAGGCAUGGUGAAGGAAGCCUUGGAACUUCUUGAAAGCAUGUAUGUUUCCUACCCUAACUUAAGGCUAGAAAUUCUCCAUAUUUUCCUUGAUAAGUUUUCCAUCACUGGUUUUACAAGCAUUGCACAUGCCUUGGUGGAAGAGCUUCUGCAGCAGGGCUGUAUCUUGGAUCAUGUGGCCUAUAGCCAUCUUCUACGAGGGUUUUGUAAUGAAAAAAAUUUUUCACUUGCCUUUUUGAUAUUGGAUACCAUGAUGACUAAUAAGUUGGCUCCAAGUUUGGGUGUUUCUGCAGCAUUACUUCCUCAGCCCUGUCAUUUUGAGAAAUUCAGGGAGACUAUCACAUUAACAGAGACUGAUUUGGAAGAGAAAUCGGCACUUUCUUCCAUCUAUACUGCUUCAAUGAAAGUAUUCUGUAUUAAAGGAAAGCUUGGAGAAGCAGAAGAUCUGUUUCGGUUUCUAUGUGCUGAGGGUCUAACACAGGAUGCUGAGGUCUAUAACACGAUGUUUCAAGCAUUCUGCCAGGCUAGUAAUUUGAAGAAAUCUGAGCUGCUAUUGGGAGUCAUGAUCAGAAAAAAUAUGAACCUUUCAGUCUCAAGUUUUCGAAAUUGGGUGAGCUUAAUGUGUACUGUGGGUAGGCAUUUCCAUGCAAUAAACCUGCAGGUCUUUAUGCCAGAGCAAAGCAAAUCUUACAGCCCUAUGAUAUAUAAUAUAUUGAUAUACCAUCUUCUCUCAGCUGGAAAAAGUUUGACUGUUAAUAAGGUUCUUAAUGAAUUGCAAAGAAGGGGACUGCCACUUGAUGAAGUAACAUAUAAUUUUCUUGUGCAUGGGUUUUCCAAGUGCGGAGAUGUUUCAAGUUCUCUGUACUAUCUGUUUACAAUGAUUUCAAAGGGACUUAUGCCAAGCAGUUGCUGCUUCAGAAUAGCAAUAACAUGCCUGUGUGAUAACGGGGAUCUCGGAAAAGCUCUGGAGUUGAGUCGAGACAUGGAAUCAAGAUGCCAGAUCCAUGGCUCUGUUGUUCAGAAUGCCAUAGCUGGGGGACUUCUUUCUCUUGGUAAGUUUAAAGAGGCAGAAAAUUUUCUGGACCGUAUGGUAGGCAAAGGCCUUGUACCCGAUUCAAUCAAUUAUGAUAAUCUAAUUAAGCAGUUCUGUUCGUAUGGAAGAAUGAGCAAGGCUGUUGAUCUUCUGAAUAUAAUGUUGAAGAAGGGAAAUCCCCCAAACUCCUCCAGUUAUGAUGCUUUAAUCCAAGGUUUCUGUACAAGCAAUAAAUUGAAUCAAGCUCUGGACUUCCAUACUGAGAUGUUGGAUAUGGAUCUUCAACCAAGCAUUAAGACAUGGGAGAUGCUUGUCAAUCAUUUCUGCCAAGAUAAACAUACUACAGAAGCAGAAGAGCUUUUGAAUUUGAUGGUUCGCCUGGGCCAAACUCCAACCAGAAAGAUGUACAACUCUAUAAUUUCUAGUUAUCGCUCUGAAAGCAAUAUCAAGAAGGCAUCUGAACUCAUGCAAAUGAUGCAACAAAAUGGUUAUUCUCCAGAUUUCGACACACAGUGGUCCCUUAUAAGCAAUUUAAGUAACUCUAAGGGCAAUAACAACCACAACAAGGGCUUUCUAUCAAGGCUUCUUUCUGGAAGUGGAUUUGCUUGGAAAAGGAAUUCAUAGACCAAAUUGCAGUGAGGCACUAUGGCAACAAUAUUAAGCUGAUACUGGCUUCUGAUCAUUCUCCUCAUGCUUGGUCCCAAUGUUGUGUUGUCAAAAGAAAAUUUUCUCCAAUGCUGAUACAAAAGGUGCAAUUGGUACCAUUGGUGCCACGAUCGAUCAGAUCAGGCAAUAUCCAUUACCAAGGGGCUGAAACCACUUUUUAAUCUUUUUGUAUCCGUAUCUUUCAUCAGAUUGUUGGUGGUACAUAUCAUGCUCUCUUAGUGGUGAUUGUGCAAACUUGUACUAAACUAAAUCUUUGUGGACACAUUCUCCUACCAUAGUUGCUGCUGUGCCAACCUCAUGAAUUGGCCACCUUUCCAGUAAGGAUGAAGGUUGAACCUUGCAAUACCAAGAUGAAGAAGAGGCUCGUGAAAGCCUUCCUCCUACCAUUGCACCUGGAAAGGAUGAGCUGCUGCAGGUUCACUGAGUCAGAUCAAAAGUUGUUAACAUUAGCAAGGUCUAAAUCCUAAUUGAUUAUCAAUUUCUGAUGAAUUGAAAAGCAACUAAGCAAGCAGCGAAGAUUGAUGGAUGAAUUUUGAAUGUACAAGCUCAGGCAAUCAAGGGAUCAUCAAGGCUGCGGCUGUAACUGGAAAGAUAAAUAACCUUGUACUCUUUCAUUCAAUCUUUGAGGAGAUUUUUUUCUCUGAAAUUUAGAUUAAAUUCUUCAGUAAAAUUAGAAGUUUGAUUAAAGUCUCAGGCAUUUACUAGUUCUCUGCAGGCUUUGUUCCUAGAAAGAAUGUGAAAACUUGUUUCAAUCCUCGGUUUUUUUUUUUAACAAUUUUUUUAAACACUAAAAUUUAAAGGCUCCU